GCUCCUCCUGCUCCGUUAGUAACUCACACAGCUCUCCACGGGCAGCUCACAGGCUGCAAACACACAGACACAAAAAGUGUUUAACAAGUCUGAAGUUUGUUGCCAAAGAAACAGACAGACAAACUGCUGGGUGACUUUUGAACUUUUGUCUACUUGGAUUUAUUUUUUUCAAAACGAGCGAGUUUGGAGGAACAUUUAAAGGUGUUCAUUUCCAGACAGACCGACUUCCUCAACAACCCUUUGAACCUCAGUUUCAUCACCAUCUCUUCUUUCCUUGUCUGUGUGGUGCCCAGUGCUCCCCCAGGCUGCCUAGAGAGCGGGCACAGCGCCAUGGUAACUCACAGCAAGUUUGACAACGCAAUGAGCAGCAGCCUCUUGGACUCCAACAUGCGGCUGCCUCACCGUUACAAGACUUUCACCUCCAAGACGCAGUACCAGAUGGUCCUCGGGACGCUCCACAAGCUCCAGGAAAGUGGCUUCUACUGGGGCGCCAUCACAGGGAAGGAGGCCAACGCCAUGCUGGCAGCUGAAGCCACUGGCACGUUCCUGAUCAGGGACAGCUCCGACAAACGGCACCUGUUUGCCCUCAGUGUCAAGACGGCAUCUGGCACCAAGAACCUGCGCAUCCAAUGUGACACAUCCUCUUUUUUUCUGCAAACAGACCCUAAGAACAUUCAGUCUGUUCCCCACUUUGACUGCGUCCUCAAGCUGGUCCAUUACUACAUGUCUCAGAGCAAAGGGAACUCUCGCAGUGGGAGUAUCUACUACAUUUACUCUGGAGGGGAGAAGAUCCCACUGGAGCUCAUCAAACCUCUCUCCUGCAGCUUAUCCACCUUGCAGCACUUGUGCAGGAAAACAGUCAAUGGACAUUUGGACAUUUCUUCUAGCAGAGACCAACUUCCUCAUCCUCUUAAGGAGUUCCUUCAGGAGUAUGAUGCCCCUAUCUAGAGGUGUUGGACUGAUGCUCUUGAACGGGCAAAGACUUGAGAGUGUUGGAAAGAAACCGGGUGGUUUCAGUACAGCUACAUUCGACGACAUGCACUGUGUCUGAGGAGUUACUAUAAAGCAGAGAAAGAGAGUUAUGUGUACUGACAGGAUGUGUUCUCACAGCAAAGUGGGCCUCCUAAGGUCCAAGAAGAGGCACUGGAUUAGGGACUGAUCCACAAAGAGGGCACUGCUGUAAUCUAGUGGUGUGAAAGAGCGAUAACCUCUGCUGAUGACGUACAACUUACUGAAAACUGUAGUCAGCUGUCUACAGUCUGAUGACACACAGGUUCCCUCUGCUGCUAACCAAUGUGCUGCGAGGCUGUCGAGCACACACACAUCAGCUUCCUUGGAUGAUGCAUCCAACCAGCAUCCUGGGAUCUCUGACCAAGUGUACGCUGGAAAUUCACAGACAAUGGAAACUUAGAGUACAAAUGAGUGGACACUGAUGGCCUUCUGGGUGCAUGUUUUGUACCAGCCAUGAUGGGAAAAUGGCUCAACUUUAAAAAAAAGAAAAAGAAAAUCUGAAUCUUAUUAGAGACCAGAAAAUGUUAAAAGAAGACAUGUUCCUGAUGUUUUGUUUAGAAGAAGGGUUUAUGCCAAACUUGCCUGAACUAGACAACAGUUUGUUGGCACACAAACAUGACUGAAACCUAGCAGAUCUUACUUGAGAGAAUAGUCACAUUUUUAUAAGGCUUCAGUGGUGAGAAAAUACGCACCAAAAGAUGUGGUAGUUUUUGUGGCACAGACAGGAUCACCAUUGCUUCCAAAUGAAUGUAUUAAAUAAUGGUAUCUGUCUUUUCCUGAUAAGGAGAAGUGUCCAAAUGUAUCUUAUUUUCAUGAGUUUACAUGAGUGAAGGUGAAAUCUGCUGUCUUUUAUAAAGAUGUACUUUUUGCCAGCCAACCACUGGCUACGGAUGCUUGAAGAUAUUUGAGAAGUUUGACGAAGCGGGCAGACUGAUACAACUUUGCACUUAUUUAUAUUUGGAUGGUGACAUUUCAUUAAUUUAUAAUAAAAUAGCACUAUUUUUCUAUGAAA